GAAAAGAUUAUUCAAUUCUUUCACUAGUCAGCCAAAGCGUCAUGCUUGUGGCUUCGUUAAUCGUCGACUUGCACCCAUCUCGUAUUAUGCCGAGGUUGAUUUGCGCCGGGACGGAUAUCAGUCUGGCUACCUAUUCUCUGUCUGGAGGGAACACGAUCCGUCGGGGAAAUGCCAUGCUGGGCCGGAGUUCUUAUCAGGGCUUGUUGAUCCUUAGCAACGUGGCAGAAGAAAAUUUACCAUGGUACCUUGCAUCAGCUAGUUGAAAGGGUGAAGACAUAUUUGGUGUCUGCCGUAGC